UGCCGCUGCAGCAGCUGAACAUUGAGGGAUUUAAUUAAUCUUCUGCCCAGCGGCGACAUUAACUUCGCGAGACGGAGAAAAUUUUGUUGUUUUCAAGACACCGGCAAUGAGCAUGUUAUACUCGAUGAACGUCAGGUAACGCUGAAGGACCCCUGGCUAAAAUGGUAGCCCCUUCCUCCAAGAACAACAAAACCUGCUGCUGCGGAGCUCGGCCGAUCGGGCUGGGGCAUUCGUUGCAGGAUUCUACGCCCGGGGCUGAGGCUCGCUCGGCGGACUGAGUGGUCAUGGAAAAGGAGAACGGAGAAGGGUCGUUUUCCGUCGAUUUGAACGAGAACGAAGAAGGAGGAGACGGAGGAGGGGGAAAAGCGGGUCACAAAUCUUUCACUGCUCUCAAAGACCGCAGCAUAGCGUUGCUAGUCGGUGUCAGCGGGGGUCAGGAAGCUGGGAAGGGUCAUAUUUAUGUGACCGGUAACGGGAGGAAUGUAAACAUAGACGCCUCGGUACAGCCGCCCCCACACAAGAGGGAGAUAAUGUUGGAUUUGGUGUCGGCGGAGAAGUACCUCCCCGACCAGUUGACUGACAGGUGUGUGAUUUCGGGGGAUCGUGGCGACCACAGUGGCCUGAACGGAUUUACUGAGUCACUCAGUCAGGAGGAGCCGACGAUGGUCGCGCUGGAAGGAGGGGGAGGAGGAGGGCUCGGCCUCGCAGGGACCACAACCGCUUCCUGUCCAGCUGUGCUCGAGGGUCGGGUUUCGGCAGAGACGGGCCGACAGAUGAGGCAGCACCCUGCUGGGGAGAGCAGAGGGGGAACCCCAGAUGUUAUCGCGGGAGACGAGACGACUGGCGAUGGCGCAGUCACCGGCUGUAUGAGGACCCAUCUCCUACUUGAUCAGCUGCCAUGCACAUCGAAGCACCGGCGGAACUGCGCUUACACCGCGGCGUCUCUCUCUUGUUCAGCUGCAACCAUGCCCAACGGUGUUGUUGACAGCCCCGAGUACGAAGGUACCGACGCGGAUAUCGCUUAUUAUAAACCGACAGGAGUGUUUUCCAGCCCGUUGCUGGGUCAGAGACUCGAACUAUGCGACGUGGACUGUGAGGAAGUAAAAGUAGCCAACGGUGGUUUACACAUCGUGAACACCGCCAGAGCAACAUGUGACAGUCCCGAUUCGGACUGUUCCCCCGAAAACAACACUGACAUUCAAUUCGACUUGGGGGCAAGGCAAGAAAACGGGUCCGGAUCCGGUUUUUGUCUGAGGAGCCAAAGCGACUGCAGCGGGAAAUCGGUCUCACAGUUCCCCGGGGAGGAUGCACCAGAUGCGGCUGAGCUCCAUCGCUCCCCCGAUCCCUCCACCACAAUCCCUUCCAAGGACUCCCCCAUCACGGGAUCAAGUGCCAAACUCCCCUCGCCAUGCCCGUCAUCCCUCUCCAACCUGAACGGUGACAGCCCGCUCUCAGAACCCAACACUCGGGAGGAUGAGGAGUAUUUCAGUGACCUCAGUUUACCCGUCAGGCCGCAGAGUUUGAGGACUAACCCUAACAUCGCGGUAUCCCUCAGCUGUGAUGCCACCCCGUUGUCCCCCGACGAGGACGGGGGCUUUUAUUUUGGCGACGAGGGCUACGACGAGGACUAUCGGAACGUUUUAGAAGUGGGUCGCAGGCAGAGCGCCCCGGACAAACUUCCAGACCUGACCGAGCAGACAGACGGCUCGGACCCCAAGCUGAUGCCAAAGAGGUUCGGCAUCGCUGAUUUCUUCACCAGGAGCCUAUUUUCUAGGAAAUCCAAAGAGCCCAAGGCGUCGUCCCAUAAUACAUCAGGGUGGCGACUGUUUGGCAAGACAGCAGUCAGAGAGGUUGAUCCAACUAAAGACCCAGCCUCCACAUUGUCUACACAGCAGGGUCCACAGGAGGAACAGGUGAAGGACUCAGGUGUGUCCACAUGUCCUCAGCGCCCCCUGGGUGCAGGGAGGAGGAAGAACCUGGAGUUCGAACCUCUUUCCACCACAGCUCUCAUCCUGGAGGACCGGCCGGCGAACCUACCUGCCAAAUCUGAGGAGGAAACUCAGAGACACAAACAGGAGUAUGAGGAGAUGGUGGCUGGAGCCAAGAGGAGAGAGUUGAAAGAAGCACAGAAGAAGAAGCGUCAGAUGAAGGAGAGACACAGACAGGAGGACAGCAUCUCCAAUGCCAUGGUCAUCUGGAACAACGAGAUCCUGCCACACUGGGACACCAUGAAGGGAACAAGGCGGGUCAGGGAGCUGUGGUGGCAGGGACUUCCUCCCAGUGUCAGAGGAAGAGUGUGGAGCCUCGCCAUCGGCAACGAGCUCAACAUCACACCAGAGCUGUAUGAGAUCUUCCUGUCCAGAGCCAAAGAGAAGUGGAGGAGUUACAGUGAAACCAGUUCAGUCAACGACAGUGAGAGUGAUGGAGGAGCGUCUCUGGCUGACAGAGAGUCCAGUCUGGACCUCAUCAAACUGGACAUUUCCAGAACCUUCCCCUCUCUCUUCAUCUUCCAGAAGGGUGGUCCUUACCAUGACCUUCUCCACAGUGUCCUGGGGGCUUACACCUGUUACAGACCUGACAUUGGCUAUGUCCAGGGCAUGUCUUUCAUUGCUGCUGUGCUGAUCCUCAACCUGGAAGAGGCCGAAGCCUUCAUCACCUUCGCCAACCUGCUCAAUAAACCCUGUCAGAUGGCCUUCUUCAGAGUUGACCAUCGAACUGGUAAGUAUACCUCAUGCUGCUCUGUUUAUUCUGGAAGCAGUCAGGCGUCAUAUUUUCCUUUCCUGCUCUUUCAUUUUCUCUUUCGUCUUUUCUCUCUGUGUCAGAUGUUGAAGUACUUUGCAGCCUUUGAGGUUUUCUUUGAGGAGAAUCUGCCUCGUCUCUUCAACCACUUCCAGACCAACAACCUAACCCCUGACCUCUAUCUGAUUGACUGGAUCUUCACUCUGUACAGUAAGUCCCUCCCUCUGGACGUGGCGUGUCGGGUGUGGGACGUAUUCUGUCGGGACGGGGAGGAGAGUUUGUUUCGUACUGGCCUGGGUAUCUUGCGUCUGUACGAGGACGUCCUGCUGCAGAUGGACUUCAUCCACAUCGCUCAGUUCCUCACCCGCCUGCCGGAGGACCUGCAGUCACACACACUCUUCACCGCCAUGGCUAACACACACAUGAUCAGCAGAAACCGCCGCUGGGCUCAGGUGUUUUCUGCAUUGAUGAAGGAUGGAAAUAAAGAGACCGACAAAAACACCAGCCCAGCUUUCAGAAGUUAACACUAGCUAACAUCAACGCUAAUGUCAUCUUUCAAACUAAUGUCAAACGCUAGCUGUGAAGAUUGAAACUCACGCUAGCCGGCCAUGAACUUGAAUGCUAGCUUGCCUCGUCAGCACUGAAGCUAACAUCGGUGGCUAACUGUGAAGCUUGAAGCUACGUAGCCUGAAGCUAAACUCUCACUCCAGUGGCUACGGAGCUUGAAGCGAACACGAGCCAGACGUGAAGGUGGAGGCUGAUGUCAGAGGCCAGACAACAGAGGCCUCAGACAACACGAGCAGAGCUGAGAGGAGCUGUUAGUCUGCGCAUCCGGGCCAGUGAAGGAAGAAACUCCAGUGCUGCCUGAAAUCUGCGUUGGGACCGCAACAGGAAUGGGAAACCAAAGUGGUUGGUCAGUUCUAAACUUCUACAGCCUUUGUCAGUAUUUCACCUGACAGAUGAUGUUAUGGAGAAGCGACUGGCUGUUUUAGCUACAGUGUCACUAUCUUACCAGCCUACUAAAGGUGGAACAUUAAAACUGACCUUCAUAUUAUGUGUUACUUCCCCUGCCGGCUGGGAGGGAAAAGUCACCAAACAGCCCGACUCAGUCCUGGCCAGUGUUUGGCUUGUGGUAAUUCUGUCUCCACGUUGGGCCAUAAACACCACUAACACAGAGUAUUACGCCCUGUGUAAUUCUCAAAGACUCAAAUUCAAAUUUUCCGGUGCUAAUAAUUUUCUAAAGGCUUCAAAAAUACUCCUCUGUGGUUUAAUUAUCAAUGUUGGUCUUUGUGGUUUUGAUUUCACACUAUUAUUAAUUUGCUGCAUUUUCAGCUUGAACCAGUCUGGAUCUAAAAACAAUGGGAAUCUGCACUAGCAUGGCUGAUGCUAAUAUAUUGGUUACUACUACUAUAGCCUACUACUUUAACCU